CUUCUUCAUAUGUUAGCAUCUAAUCAAGCAUUAAAAUAAAUUCAUCAACCGAUUAAGCAUCAACCAUAUUCACGAUAUUACCUCACGCCACUUCUAAUAUGGAUAUCUCAAACCCUCGUCGUAUAUUAGCCGUCUCUUUGGCAGAUUCCAGUCAUCAUCUGUCCAAUAUAAUCAAAGACCUCACCGGCACUCAUCCCGAGCAAGCUUCUACGUCACUAGCUGGCGCGUCGCACAGCAUCUCUUUAAAGACGGCAUAUUACACAGCCGAGGUACCCAUAUGGCUAGAUCUCAUAUUGGCGCCUCUAGAAUGGGCAAGCUCAUUCUUAUCUCCCGAGGCCAAAGAGGUCCUUGAGGUUCUCGGCGGCGUAGUCGUAGUCUUUUCGCUGCCGGGGAAGUCACAGGUCGAUGAGACCAAUGCCGCGCGGGAACUCAUCCAGAAUGUAGGCAAAGUCGUCAAGGAUGGACUUGGCGGCUGGUCCUGGGACGGAGUCAGCUUGUGUCUGGGGGUUGGAGAGAUAGAUGACGUCGACGAGUGGGAGGACCUCUGCGCCGAGUGGGGGUUGGAGUUUGUGCAGGUCAGGAGCCAGUCUGUGGCAACGCGGAACGAGUUCGGCGAAAAGACCGGAAUCCCCCGUGCGCUGGAAGCGUUAGAGUCGAAUGACUGGGCUCUAGCAUCCACCGGCAAUCUCGGGUCUGAUUUCGAGGACUUCGAGGCGGAAAUAAGCGCCGAAAAGGGCGACAGCAGCAAAGACAAGGAGGGGCCUGAUCUCGAUCCGGAGAAUCUCGACUUUGGUUUCGACCGCGAGGACUUCGCCGGUCUCAAACAAGCGAUAUGGAACGCCGAGAAAGAAGACGAGGAUUUUCUGAACGGGGAGCCGAGUACGGACGCCGGUAAGAAGGACGAUGAGGGUCACAUGGACGACGAAGAGAUCAAGAAGAUAGAACGCAUGAUGGUCAAGUUGCAGGCUGUGCGCGAUACGAGCGCCGGGCUGCCGGAAGAGCAACGCAAGCGGGUGGCCGCCAAAGCAGUAGCCGAAGUUAUGAAGGAACUGUGAAUGGCUCACCGUUUUACCUUUUUCGUACUUACACAUAACAUCUGCUGGGCAUUUAAACCGUCCUUAGCAGUUAUUACACGGCAGUUGCCCAUAUUAUAAGACUAACGCCGCCAUGUUCUUGUCCUCGAUAUAGCAAGCAUUCUAAUAAUUUCGCAAACUUCUGUCAUGCUCAUGACAGGUCAGUAAUACAGAGCCAAAUAUUGAGGGGUCGUCAAGCUGUAACUUGAAGAUAUCCGAUACAUCUUUAUCAUAGCGUGCUAAAUAUUAGGGAAGACGAUUCGAAUGCGACUGGGGUUAUGGUCUACCGGUUAAGUUGAGGCAAAGGAUGCGAACCGCGAUAUCGUGAAUAGGGCCCAUGGUGCUAUGCAGGUAGUAUUCCUGUCGCAAUACCUUACAAUUGAUCGGUACUGUAGGGUAUAGACAAAUUAGUACAGAGUCUCGAGUUUACCAUCACCGUCCCUUUUAUACAUGGGCGACUUUAUAUAACCACAUAGGCGAUGUCUUUAUGUGAUGCUACCCUUAUCACGAAAUAGGUAUGGGACUGUUGCCUUCCUACUUGAUAUGAUAAUAGUAGUUGCUCCGCUGUCAUUCUUUACUCACGGCUCUGCAGGUAAUCCUUUCUAUUAUGUUACUGGGGCCUUCGUUAUCCGCGUGCUGGCUGACAUGGGAGCGGAGCCUCAUCGAGAAUAGGAUGC